UCAUACUCAUAUGUAUAGAUUAUAUAUGAAAGACAUCACUUCUAUUUUCUGCACAUGAUUUUAAAGGAACGAGUUUUAACAUUCAAUUUCGAAUUAGUAUUAAUGUAUGUUUUGUGGAAUUAAGUCGGUUUAAUUUGUCUAAGUAUUGAGUGAAAUACCUACAUGCAGAAAGCCACAGAACAUAGCACGUAACAGUAAAUAGUGGUGUUUACAUUUUUUUCUUAUCAGAUUUCACUGAUCAUCGAUUUCAGCAGCUAGCAUUGGCAUAUACAUAGAUAAAAGAGUUAGGCAUAUAUUUCUUUAUGAAAUUUUGGUCUAUUUUGUGAAACAUUUGUAUCAUAUGUAUAUAUCAAAAAAAUUGAUGUAAGUAAAUCUCAAAAAUUAAAUAAUCUUAGACCCAUAUUAGGCUCUAUUUGGUUUUACUGUAUUUUCUAUUCUAUAUCUACUUUUAUUUACUAAAACCGACAAAGUCUAAAGUGCAUGAUUUUGUGUUAUAAUUAUGGGAAAUGCAUUAAAAUAUUUUGAAUCUCAGUCUCUGCACCUGGACAGUUUAAAAUUCGAUAUGCCAGAUAAGUUCGUCCCUGUAAAUAAAUUUCAAUUCAUGAGUCCCUUUGAGGAUGAUUCAACGAAUGGUUUAUACUUUAAUGACAUUUACCUCCCAGAGGAAAUUAUUGCAAAUAUUUUAAGCCAUGUACCACCAAAGGAUGUGCUAAAGUUAACCCGAGUCUGCAAAAAGUGGUGCAAUAUUGUUAAAUCUGAAAAUUUUUGGAUGCAUGUUUACAAUAGACAUCACAGCAAGGCAAAGAAAUUACCAUGGUAUGUGUACUACUGUUAUUUUACUACUAAUAAUUUUGAAAACUUGUUAAAGAAUGGGAAUGGACAGGAGCAAUACAAACACUGGAAGAUAAUAAAAAACUUUGGGGACAAAUUUACAAUAGAGGAUCCACCAACUGGAGCAGAUCCAUUACCUUUAGGUGUGCCCGACUUUAAUGGACAUACUAGUUGUUUUGCUACAUCAUUUCAAGAUUGCAAUAAAAUACAAAUAAUUUCACUUAAAAAUAAAAGACUUCUCCGAUAUAUAUUAAAUAAAUUCAAUCCUCACAUUUACGCAAGUGAAUGGGUUACUGGGAGGUUUGACUGUGGAUGUACUUAUAGUCUAGUUCUUAAAGGGUAUAAGGAAAGUUUUAAUGAAGAAGAACUGGACGAUUUUAGCGAUGAGGAGGACGAGUCCAAUACAAAUGCUCUAUUUUAUUUAGCAACUGGAACUAAUGUAGAACAGUGGCAAGGAAGACAGUGGGAGAAGGUCGAAGUUUUAGUAAAGGAAUAUCCUCCUGAUGUUGCAGUAUUAAUUUUCGAACAUGAAGGAAGUGAUACCCAGUUCUGGAAAGGCCAUUACGGAAGUAAGAUGGCCGGUGGUGUAGUGAAGAUUGUAUUUGAUAGUAUUCACCCGUCGGAAGAUGAGCUUGGAACAAAUUUAAGCCAGUCUGAUGAAAAUUCCAAAAUGGAUAUGUAACUUUUUUCAACAUCAUACAGCGUUUUUAUUUUGGGCGAAAUAUGGAAUUCGAACGAUUUUUCACUAACGACAUACUAUAUACUUAUUAAAUUAAUAUUAUAUUUUGUAAAAGUUAAACAGUUGUAUUUAAGGAUACCCCAUAAAUUAUUAAAAUAUUAACAAUGUAAAAGAAAUACUUUUUAUAGUCCAUAAGUAAAAUUUACACAAUAUUUGU